GUUCUUCCAUUUCUCUCUCUUUUUCCUGAUUUAAUGCCAGCCCUUUUAACCAUACUUGUUGAAUCAUAGUAUCAUAUAAAUAUCACAAGACUUUUGCAAUUAGAAGUCACUUACACUGAUUAGUAAAAAUGGCUACUGUGUAAGGAGUUAAUAAUAGUUGGAUUUGGAGUAAGUAGUCAUUUUCAAGUUCUUGACUUUAUGUCUCAUAAAACCAAAUCAACAAAAACUCAAUCAAGUGAAAAGGGGGAUGUUUUGGGGGAGUGUGCCAAAAAUGCUGUAGUGGAAAAAAUAUAUAGUUUUUUUAUUAAAAAAAAAGUCCAUAUAGGUCAGUAGGGAUCUGUGUCAUGGUCUACUUAUUGCAAAUAUGGUAGCAAAACAGUAGUAGUAGUAGGAUUUAUAGACCUUCUUAUCACCCUGGUUUUAUUUAAGUAUUCUGAGAAAGAAAGAAAGAGAAGAAAAGAAAGAAAGGUCAGCAACUCAGCAUGCUUUGCUUCCUGAACCAAACAAGGACACAUUUUUAGGCAUUAGGAUUGUGAGGUUGCGUGUUUUGUCAACUAAAUUUUACUACUUUUCUGGGGCCAAGAGAAAAAGAGGGGAAAGAAGGCAGUAGUAGAAAAGGGAAUCUGAUCUCUCUCUCUCUCUGCGUCUUUUUUCUUCUAUUUAUUCUAUACUCUUUUGCCCAUUUUCUGCUUCCUUCCGUUUUAAUCAUCUGUUCACAUAGGCCUGGUUUAUAACACAAGAAGGGGAAUUGGGAGACUAAACCAAAAGGGAUAAACACACACAGACACACACUCCACUCUCCACGCAUUCAUUUUAAAGUAAAAACUUUGAAGAUUUGCAGUCCAGAACUAUCAAUUUCUUUUGGUUUUUUUGUGGGGUUAAAUUUUGAUUUGAAGAGGAGUGUGUUUACAUGUGUUGUUUUCUUUGAAACAAAUUUCUGCUCAGUCAAAGAUUUGAGCUUUAUUAGUACUGCUGUCCGGUUGCUAUCCAGUGAUUCCUUCCUUCUUUAAGUUUGCCUCUUCCUUUUUAUGUUGUUUUUCAAUGAUGUGGGCUGCUAAGUUUUUCAGCUUUGGUUAGACAUUGAAGGUAAAGUUUCAUUCUUUCUUUGUCCCUUUUUUAGUUUUUCUUUUUUCUCCACACGUAUGGAUGGAUUUUAUCUCUUCUAUAAAAACCACAUGAACUGCAUGUCUUAUAGGUUUGUUUGCAGCUGUUCUCUUUUCUCUAACCAAAACCUCACUUUUCUUUUUUUUUUUUCCCUCUGCAGAAGUCUUAUCUGUCUACGCUAUAUAAUUCUUGCAUUUCUGUUCUAAAAAAUCUCAACCCAAGACCUCAGACCUCAUUUUUUUCCAAUUGAAUCUUGGAAAUACAAUGGAGGGAUGUCCUAAACUACUCGAUUUGAUACCAAAAGAAGGGGAAUGGAAUGUGAAAAUGGAAGCAGGCCGUGAUGGUGUUUCAGAGGAGAAGAAAUUGGAGCUCAGGCUUGGUCCACCUGGAGGAGAUGAAUCAUCAUCUCCAUCUCUUCCUUCUUUUAACCGGUUUCCUAACAUGAUGACCAAUGUUUCUACAACUUCUGGGAUGAAGAGAGGUUUCACAGACACUGCAAAUGGUAGUAAACAAGCCCAGAAAUUCCCAUCAUUUUCUGAUGAUCAUGUGUUCUCAACCACUACAACAACUCCAUGGUCAACUUCAUCUUCAUCAUCAGCUUAUAACCAAGGGAAAGGCCAUCAGCCGCAGCAGCAGCAAACAAAAGGGAAUUCAUCAUUUCUUCAGCUCCAGUCAACUUCACAGUGUCUGCCUGCUGUUAUGUCAAAGGAAUCAUCACAGCACUGUUGUCCCAAAACAGUAGACUUGCAGACUGCAGAAAAGAAGGCAUUUUCAUCAACUUCUUCUGCUAACACAGCUGUGCCCAACAGUACUGCUCAGAAAAGAACUACUGCUCCAGCUCCAGUUGUGGGGUGGCCACCAAUUCGUUCAUUCAGAAAAAACCUUGCAAGUAGCAGUAAUUUGAAGUCCACUUCUGGAUCUCUUAACAAUACCAGCAAGAUUACUGCUGAUGAAAAAGUGAAAACUGAAAAAUGCCAGCAGCUCAAGGGUUUGUUUGUGAAGAUCAAUAUGGAUGGAGUCCCUAUUGGAAGGAAAGUUGACCUUAAUGCCUAUGAUAGUUAUGACAAACUCUCCUCUGCUGUUGAUGAACUUUUCAGAGGCCUUCUAGCAGCUCAAGGUGAUUCCCCUGCUGGUGGAAUUCAGAACAACAACAAUGGAAGAGAGGGAGAGAAAGUGAUUAGUGGCUUAUUGGACGGUAGUGGAGAAUAUACCCUUGUAUAUGAAGAUAAUGAAGGAGACAGGAUGCUUGUUGGGGAUGUCCCAUGGCAGUAAGCAUCUUUUCUUGUUUUGGAUCUGAUGCCUCCUUAAUAUUUUUUAUUAAAAUAAAAUUACUACUUGCUAACCUUUUAUAUUCCUAGUACAAUUUGUCACUAUUGGUUUCAAGGGAAAAAAGAACAUAUCUUCAACCUAAUCUCACUAGAUUUGCAUCAUAUAAAUUAUCUUCCUUCUAUUGGAAUCAAACUGCAAGCUGUUAUUGUUAGAAAUUAGGACCAACAAGAACAUGCUAUUAUUCUCAACUGACUCAUUAAGAGUAUAAGACCAGCUGUCUGGUAUGGAGUCUAUAUGAUUAUAUUAUCUACAUGAACCUAAAUGAAAACAUGUGUUUUAAUAUUAUACGAUAGCUCUUAGUGAUUCAUAAAGUCGACCCGAAUAGUUUUUGAGAAAAAUUAGUGGUGGUUGUUUGUUAGAUGUAUCGUCUACAUGGGAGUUUCAUAUCAUCUUCAACCCAACCUUGUUGAUAUUAUUGUCUUAAAAGAAACAUGUCUCAAUCAAGUUUGAAGUUUUUGGCAAAAUUGUUUGUUUGCCUAACUCAUUUUGGCUGUCCUGUAUUUGUCUGCAGCAUGUUUGUCUCCACAGUAAAGAGGCUGCGGGUGUUGAAAAGCUCUGAGAUUUCCAAACUAUGCCGUAAGUCGUAAUUUCACAUUUACCCUUGUGACACUGUGCUAAGAAUAUGAAAUGAAGCAAGUUCUAAGACAUGAAAUUUUUCUUCCUUCUUUUUUGGAUUUUGUAGGUGGGAGCAAGCUAGGGAAUACCUCACUUGACGUUUCACUGAAAUGAGGAAACAACUCUGAUUGUGUAAUGACUUGCACUUUUAACAGUUUAUAUAUGGCUGGCUGGAAAGAUAACCCAAACAAGGGCAAAUGAUUUUGUAAUUAACUACAACUGCUGCUGCUGAUGAUGGGUGGUUGUAUUAGGAAGGACAAACUUGUCAUUUUGAAUUUUUUUUAUUUUGUUUUUCACUUUUUUGCCUUUUUUAAAAUCCUUCUUGGUCGUGGAAUGUGUGGAGUGUCUGAUGCAAAAGUGCAUAUAUUUCUUGCUAAACUGUUGAAUAUGGAGUUAAAAAGUAUGUAACUUUUUACCCCCUGAUGAUCAUGUAAGUAUCUCAUGUUCUUGAUUUCAGAUGGUUAUUAACUUAACUGGUCCUUUUCCGCUCUGCAUCUAGUGAGCUUUUUUACCUGUCA